CUCAACAUUACUUUGCUCAUUUUUUUGGCGUUCAAAUUGUCGAAAUCUUGCAGGCAUAAUUUACUAAAAUUGCAAAGACUAAAAAGCAAAAACGAGAGGAGACUUUAACUGGUGCGACGCAAGCGCUAUUCACAGGCCAGAGGGGUGGAUAGGGGUGCGAGGCUCGGGGCGAGGGAGUCGUCUUGGUCAGUGGAAGUGCACCCGCUCGGGGCUUCGGAUCAGCCAACAGCUUCUCCGACGAUAAUGCAUCAUGAGUCGACCUCCUAAGCGGAAUGACAGCGACGGGGCUGCUCUUCUUCGCACUUGUCAUCGCGUGCUGGCAUACCGUCGAGUGCGAGAAGAAUUACACCAUCAAGCCGAGAAUGGUGCUGCCCGACAAUUACGUCAAAGUUAAACUUGGGCUGCCUGCAGAGACGCGGCCGCCUUCGCAAAAUAGGGAGCCGGUGAUCAUCGAGUUCAGCAUAUACGUGGUCGACAUCAACUCGAUCAACGUCGAGGACAUGGAUUUUCGCGUGGACCUGUUCGUGAGGCAACGCUGGGUGGAGCCGCGGCUUGAGAUGCCUGAGGACAUCUUUGAAGAGGGCGAUGACUUUGUCACGCUGCCCGCCAAUUUUUUUGACAACCUUUGGCACCCUGAUCCUUAUAUCCUCAACGCCAAGGCCUCAGAGAUCGCAACCCUGACGCACAAGUUCUCCAGCGUGACCCUAUAUCGUAAUAAGACAAUUCGGUACGCUGCCAGGAUGCAUGCCAUCGUUGCCUGUCAAAUGGAGUUCCAGCUCUACCCGAUGGACAUCCAAGUGUGUCCAAUGGCCAUUGAGAGCUUUUCCUAUACAAACCAGAAGCUGCGACUCGUGUGGGGCCAGGAUGGCGUAACCGUGAACCCAGAGUUAAAGUUGCUGCAGUACAACGUGGGCCAGCCGCUGCAGCUGGAGGAGAGCAACGGCUUCAUGCUUGAGAAGGAGGGAAACUACUCGCGGCUGGUGGCCUACUUUCGGUUCGAGCGGCAAAUCGGCCACCAUCUGAUCCAGACGUUCGCGCCCUCGGCCCUGGUGGUUAUGCUCUCCUGGUUCAGCUUCUGGCUCGGCCUGGACGCGAUUCCGGGCAGAGUGACCCUUCUAGUGACCUCCAUGCUGACUCUGGUCACAAUGUUCACCGGCCUUAAGUCCGACAUCCCACCGGUAGCCUAUGUGAAGGCCUUGGACCUGUGGAUGGCCGGCUGCAUGGUUUUCGUGUUUGCCGCCCUUGGCGAGUUCGUCGUGGUCAAGGUGCUAGACGUGCACUAUACGGAGCAAAAGACGGCGCAGAGGAUCAACCACCAAACCGAGUCCAAACCAAACACCAGGUCCAUCGCCAGAAUAUUUCCCUUGAACUUAAACCGAGCGAAGGCAACGGAGCGAGUGUCCGGUGAGAAAAUUCAGGCAAAGUCCGCAUGGGACGUGGAGGCGGGCGUGCGGUGCCGCAAACUGGUGAUCGUUCACGGCACUGAGACCGAUAGCGCGACCAAAACGGAGCAGCCCUCGUGGUGGUCACUGCCGCCGCUCGCCUGGACCGACCCUGAGACAGGCGAGGAGAAGAUUCUGUGGCGCGAGAUUGACAGAGUGUCUAGACUCGUCUUCCCCUUUUUCUUUCUACUCUUUGUCCUCACCUAUUGGCCCAUUUUAUUGCUGAAGAAGGCCUGAGCCCCUUUAUUUCCAGAAAUCGGACCGUUCAAUUUAAUUUAGUGUGGAAGAGGAGCAAAAGAAUUAAUAAUUUACUUCCUAUGCCUUAAGUUAAACGGAGAAGACGUAAUAAAAAUUUAGAGGCAAAAACAUUUCAUAGCAUAGCUAAAAAUAACAACUGUUGAAGCCCUGCUAAAUAUGUAUUAUUAUCUAAUUUAAAACAAAAUAUUUCCCUUAAAACUCUUAUUGAGAUUGUUAGGUAAUGUGGGACGACUGGAAUUAAUUCAUGCAUCCACUGGAGGGAACAAGAUUUUUUAAUUUUUUCCCAUUUGAGGUAAAAGAUACUUCUAGAGUUUUGAUCUGAGAUUCGAUUGUUGGCAUUCAUCUGUGACUUACAAGUGAAUCGCGUAAUUUUGCUCUCGUUUAGUCUAAACAUAUGUAUACUUCAACCGAUUGGUACAAAACGCAAAAGGAUUGGGCAAAUAAAAUUUCCAUUGAUUUAGUA